AUGUCGAAUUCGACACCCGGAUUCGUUCCAGGCGGGGCUGCUGCUCCUGUGGCGACGAAACCGUCGCUGAGUAGCUGCAGCGACAGGACAAAGACUUCGAUAGUAGUCUCCUCAUCAGGCGGAAGAACGGAGGGAGCCGGCGCAAAACCGCCGGCUAAAGAGGUAGUGAAGGGUGGAGCCUUCGUGCAUGGCGGAAUCGCUAGCACUAGCAGAGGAACUUCUGCUAGAAUUAUGAAAGGGUCCACGGGGGCCACUAGCAGGGGAGCUUUAGCUAGGAAGCUGAAGUCGGACCCUCGACUGGCGGCAAAAAUUGUAGAACGCUACGGUGGCAAGCAUGCUGGUCAGGUGUCUGAGCAGCAUGCAAACACGCUCGAAUGGGCCAAGAGGAUUCUGAGUGAGAGCGAGACCGAUAGGUCACGACUCGAAACGAAGGUACCUGAACCAGCGGCUAAGCGGCAAAGGUCGCAUAAGGGAGAAACUUCCCUUGGUAAGAAACCGCGAACGGGGGCUGCGCCAACUUUUAGCGAAAUCGCUAAAAGCGCUGGCGCCAGACGGGCGGCUAUCUCUUCAGUCUUCCUCAAGGUGUUUAAGGGAAACCCGGGGCCAUCCCCAAAAUGUAUAAGUGCCGGUUGGCACCAUGGGCUGCAUAAGCUGACAAGGUGUGCCGAUGAAAGAUCGGCCAUCUUAUAUAAGGAGGCAGUAUCUCAGGUGGGGGAGGUUUGGAAGGGAGCCAGACUGGAGGCCGUGGACAAAGCGGACCUUCCUCUUCGCCCUAGGGCUCGCGUCUGGCUGCCGGCUGAACCUUCCACUGCAAAUGAGAUUGAGGAAAUCCUCAAGUACUGCAACCCCUCACUUCCCACGCAUGACUGGAGGGUUAUAAGGCUGGAGAGAACCGAUGAACCAUAUCGGCAGGCAUUGAUAAUGCUUAACGAGGAGUCCUUCGGUCCUCUCAGUAAAACCAAGGGAGCCAUCAGCUAUGGUUUCGAAAUGGUGGUGCUAAAGGUACUCCCAACGAAUACCAGGGCGGAUGGCAACCAAGCUGCAGAUGCAGGGGAGAGGGCAGACGGCGUUAGCGAUGGUCAAGCGACCAUGGAAAAUGACCCAAGCCUCUCGGACGUGGCGAGUUCUGGAGGCGGUUCGUCGAUUGGCGAUUCCGUCUUCAGCCUCGAACAGCUGUUUGAGGAGGUGAGGGUCGAUCACGACAUGAGUGCUGAACUAGCGCUUCUAGAGGAGGGUCUGAGGGAUGAAAUUCCUCCAGAUUAACCUCCAACACUCAAAGGCGGCCUCCGCCAAUCUACUGCUUCGUCUGGAGGAAGACGAAGUCGAUGUCGUCCUGAUCCAGGAACCGUGGCUGACUAGUAGCGGGAUCUCUGGCUUGAGAACGAAGAGCCAUAAGCUGCUGGCGACC